AACAUGUUAAGUUAACAGACAACAGCGACAUCCAAAUAUUCUUUUUCUGACGCGUUUUUUUUUUUUUCUCGACAGUCUUAAAUUUACAUUACAUCGAAGAUGGAUGAGCGGAGUGAAUACUCCAUACAAACAAUAUGCCGCAUUUGCUUGAAUCAUUUGCGAAACGAUGCCGCCUACGAUUUGUUCUUGGUUCCUGGUCUGGCCAAGAAACUCUGUGUGUGCACUUCUCUCUCAGUGGAACAGAACGAUGGUUUUCCGAUGAAUUUGUGCACCAGUUGCUACACCCGGCUUAACGACUUGCACGACUUUCAGAAGCUAUGCGUUGACUCCGUUCAAAGGUUUCAAGAAAUGAUCGCUAGCAAUUUCUUCGCACCAGCAGCGACACAAGCUAACCAAAUCGACAACUUUGACGUGCUGAAUGUUGCAACACAGGAGGGAGAAUUAGUUGGCGAGGAGGAGGAUCGCAUUAACUAUGAUCCUUUGCUGAAUCAUAAGAUGGAGAUCAUAGAGAAUGAAGAGGACGUCUUUAAAAUGCUGGAGCACGUUGACAAGGAGGCAGAGGAGGCUGAGAAAGAAAUCAAACAUGAUGUCGAGGAACAGCCUGGUGUCCUCCAAAUGUUUGGCGACGAGUCUUCAAUGGAAAGCAGCAACGAGAACGACCACGAUAACGACAAUGACAUAGACUUUGAGCCAAAUAGCACGGAUGGUGACGACGACAUGCCCCUGGCCCAACGACUACGCGGUAAUCCAAGGAACUUGAGCAAAUCUGGUGCAAAAACACCGUCCGACAGUGUGCAGCUGGAAGAUGACUAUAGUUCAGCCUCAGAGACGAAUGGAUCCAAAACGAGAAUAAAGCGCAAGCGAAUACCAGCAGCAGAACGACAUUUGCAUCGCAUCAUCGACUGCCAUAUCUGCCAUCAGAAGUUCAAGAAGGCCAUUCGCUAUGAGGAGCAUAUGAAGCAUCACAAUGAUCUAUUGCCGUUCCAGUGCAAAGUUGAGUCCUGCAGGAAGGGCUUCACGACGGCCGGCGGUCUGCGGCUGCACGUGGAUCAUGCGCAUACAGAACUGUCUGAGGUACAUGCCUGCAGCGUCGAGGGAUGCGGCAAGACGUUCCCUCGCAUUCGCCUGCUUACUUUCCACAUGAAGAAGGUGCACAACAUCUCAAAGGCAGCAGCGCCACCCAGAGACUAUCCCUGCACGGAGUGUGAAAAGGUUUUCCGCUGUCCCAUGGCCCUGAAGAAACAUAUGUAUAAGCACGACGGCAAGGAGUUGCCGUUCCCAUGUAAUAUAUGUGGCAAACGUUUUGUGAUCAACAGCGCGCUCAAAGAUCAUCUGAUGCGACAUGCUGGCAUCAAGAACUACGUGUGUCCCUACUGUGGCGUUGGUAAGACCACACGGCAGGAAUGGAACACCCACAUCUUGACGCACACUCAGGAAAAGAAGUUCAAGUGCCAUAUAUGCGAGCAUGCGUCGCAUAACAAGCAGAGUCUGGCCAACCACAUCAAGAUUGUGCACGAAAAGAUUAAGAACUAUGCGUGCCAGUAUUGUGGCAAGACGUUCGGUAAGUCGCACGCCUGUAAAAUCCAUGAGAUGACGCACACGGGCGAGAAGCGGUGCGAGUGCAAGGUGUGUGGCAAGAAAUUCCUUUAUCCAAAGAGCCUCACCAAGCACUUGAAGACGCACGAGAAGCGUGUGUUACGCGCCAUCGAAACGUAUCGCCAGCGGCAGGUGGAGCUGGGCGAAGUGCCCACGAAUAGCAGCGAGCCAACGGAUGUUGCGGCUGCCGUGCCAGCCGUUGAGACAUCCACGACGACGGAUGGAGUUGAUGUGAUAAUUUCCCAAAAUGCGGCCGAUGAACUUCUUAAAGUGUGCGCUGAAUCGGUGGCCACGAUACCCAGAGAUCCGAGGCGAGUGCAGCGUGUGGAUAUUGCGCAGCUGGCUGGCACGGCAGUCAAUCCAAUACCGUCUGUGUCAGUGCCCUCCUGGUCGCCCCAAGUCAACUUCACUAAGAAGGAGGGCAAGCACAUUUGCCCUGGCUGCGGGCAGGGCUUCAACAACAUCGGCAACAUGAAGCGGCACUACAAGAUCAUACACGAGAAGGUUAAGGAUUUCGCCUGUCGUUUCUGUCCCAAACGGUUCGCGAAGGCACAGACGUUGCGGCAUCACGAGUGGAUACACACGGGCGAGAAGCCGUUCGAGUGCAAGACAUGUGGCACACAUUUCCGGCAGGAGACGGCACUGAAGCGCCAUCAAAGGACGCACGAAAAUCGCCCACCCGUCAUAUCAUCCAAGUUCUAUGCUGCGCGCGAGGAGCUGGAAGAGCAGGAGCGCACAAAGCGCGAGGCCAGACGUCAGGCCGAAGCGAAACGCAAAGAAAUCGCUGAGGCUGCUAAAGAGCAACUAUCGUCGCUACACAAGAUCGAGGCCACCGACAAGAAUCUGCACUCGUAUGACGAGUACCAGGAGGCUGCCGCAGAGCGAGCAGCGGCUUCGGCUGAAUUGCAGGCUCAACAGUUUGAGGAGAACGAGCAGAAGCGGCGAGCGGACAUGGAGCGGCUCAAAAUACAAGAAGCCGCCUACGAGCAACUGCAGAAGCUACAGAAACAGCAGGAAAUCGAAAAGGCGCAGAGCUCCUACGAUGGCUACUAUGCGCAAAAGGCCAGCGCCGAUGGCACCAGCCUGGAGGACCUGAAGAUAGACCACGUGUGAAACUAAUCUAUUUGAUAAGAUUUAGAAAAUGUUAUCAAAUUUAAGGGUGUAAGACAAAACAUGCAUGCAGAACUGCAAAUAGAUAUGUUAAGCUAAAUCGUUUUCAAAAAGCAAUACUUUGUAUUUCUUAGAAGUAGACAUAGGUCUAGACUUAAGCUGAUUUAUACCAUAAACGUUUACAGGAAAUAUAUAUCUAUAUAUAUUGCUUAUAUACAUA